AAUGCUGGAGUGGUCAGUAGGAGGGACCGUGCAGAAGGUGUGGACAUAGCUGCAGGUAACAGAGAACGGAUGGCAGCCAGCCACACCUAGCUGUGACAUACCGUAAACUGAUCCUUCUGCCCCUGCCCCCUUCCCUUCCCUAGUUUCAGCUCCAAUAUAAAGGAGAAGCUGCAGUUUCUGAAGCACUGGAUCACUCAGACAGACCAGCAGCACCAGCUUCUUCUUCUCCUCUCAUCAUCUCCACUUGGCACAAUGUCUUACCAAAAGGGCUUCAGCACUCGCUCCGCUAUUCCCCAGGGAGGCGUUAGCUCCGUCAGAAUCAGCCAGACACGCACCUCCAGCGGUGCAGGCUUGGGAAGACCAGCGAACUGGAGCAGCUCCAGCUUGUCUAAUGUGGGUUCAGUGAGAAAGAGCGUUUCCUAUGGCGUGUCCAGUGGCAGGUCCGGUGUUGGUGGUGGUUCCCUUUAUGGCAUUGGAGGUGGCUCUGGAUUUGGCGGUGGCUUUGGAGGUGGCUAUGGAGGUGGCCAAGGAACUGGACCUGGAAUCCACGAAGUCACCAUCAACCAAAGCCUGCUGGCACCCCUCAAUCUGGAGAUUGACCCCAACAUCCAGGUUGUUAGGAAGGAGGAGAGGGAACAGAUCAAGACCCUGAACAACAAGUUUGCUUCUUUCAUUGACAAGGUGAGAUUCCUGGAACAGCAGAACAAAGUUCUGGAGACAAAAUGGGAUCUUCUGCAGAACCAGAAGUCUUCCAAGGCCAGCAACAUCGCCCCCAUGUUCGAGGCUUACAUUGCCAACCUGAGGAGGCAGCUGGACACCCUGAUCAACGACAAGGGCAGACUGGACGGAGAAUUCAGGAACAUGCAGGAUCUGGUUGAGGAUUUCAAGAACAAGUAUGAGGAUGAAAUCAACAGGCGCACUGCAGCUGAGAAUGAAUUUGUCGUGCUGAAGAAGGAUGUGGAUGGUGCUUACAUGAACAAGGUAGAAUUGGAAGCCAAGGUGGAUGCUCUGACUGAUGAAAUCAACUUCCUGAGGGCUCUGUAUGAAGCUGAAUUACGUGAGCUGCAGGCUCAGAUCUCAGACACCUCUGUCGUUCUGUCCAUGGACAACAACAGAGCUUUGGAUUUGAACAGUAUCAUCGCUGAAGUCAAGGCUCAGUAUGAAGACAUUGCUGCUAAGAGCCGUGCUGAGGCUGAGAGUACAUACCAGUACAAAUACCAGGAGCUCCAGGCCACCGCUGGUCGUCAUGGUGAUGAUCUGCGCAACACCAAGACUGAGAUUUCCGAGUUGAACCGCGCCAUCCAGAGGUUGCAGGCAGAGAUUGAGAACGUGAAAGCACAGCGUGCUAAGCUGGAGGCACAGAUUGCAGAGGCUGAGGGACGUGGUGAACUGGCACUGAAGGAUGCCAGCGGCAAGCUUGAAGAACUACAAGCUGCUCUACAGAAGGCCAAGCAGGACAUGGCUCGCCAACUGAGAGAAUACCAGGAACUGAUGAAUGUCAAACUAGCUCUGGAUAUUGAGAUUGCCACCUACAGGAAACUGCUGGAAGGAGAGGAGAGCAGGCUGGCUGGUGAAGGUGUUGGAGCUGUCAGUAUGUCUGUUGUGAACUCUAGCUCCUCAUCUGGUGGUGGUUAUGGUGGAUCUAGCUUUGGAGGUGGAUCUGGGUACGGUGGUAGCUCCCUGAAGUUCGGCAGUGGUGGCGGAUCAUCCAGUGGCAUUUCCUACGCCAUGACAACUUCAUCUUCCAGCAAGAGCAGCAUGAGAUACUAAAAAGCCCUUGAUUCCCUUUUUAAUGACAUCCUCAAAGCUAUCCAUACCCCCAGUACAGAGGCACAGUAUUUAUAUACUGGGGUGCUGUUAAGUCUUUUAACUUCUGUGAAAGCCUUUUUAUUGUGCUAAGAAUCUGCAUCUGUUCUUUCUCCUUUUAGUUUUAAUGUUUGGGGAUAUGGUUGGUUGCUGGGGUUGUCAGCAGCACCUUUCUCUUUGCAACCUUCUUCUUUGCUCCUUCUUACUGCCCAUAAACCUGUGCUCUCCUUAAGUGUGUCACCAGUGGCCUUUGUUACAACUGGCUGGUGGUUGUAAGAUGAAGCGUGGUCUGUCCUACAAGUGUUUGGGGCCCUUAUGAAAUAGUCUCAAAGAACCUCUGCAAGUCAUUUUGGUCAAUGAUGACAAUGGAGCUGAUAGCAACACCCCAAAACAAGUCAAUUUCUACAGUAUUUCUGGGGGUGGGAGACAUUUUGCAGUUUACUUUUGCAGAGAGAAUUGCCAUGAUUGUAUAUAAGAGUAGAGAUACAUGGUGCUAUUAUUCACCCUUUAAGACAUCAUAAA